AUGCCUGGGUGGGAUCCCAUACCCAUCCCUCAUAGCCACCAUUUGCUCUACGCGGGUGUGGCUCUGUUCUGCGGCUGUGGACAUGAGGCACUGUCUGGCACCGUCACCAUCCUCCAGAACUACUUUGAGGUGGUGCGGAGCCCUGUGGACGCACUGGACAUCUUCACCAUAAUUGACAUUAUCAAGUAUGUGAUCUACGGCAUUGCUUCGGCUUUCUUCGUCUAUGGGAUCCUGCUGAUGGUGGAGGGCUUUUUCACCAGUGGAGCCAUUAAAGACCUGUAUGGAGACUUCAAGAUCACCACCUGUGGACGUUGUGUCAGCGCUUGGUUCAUCAUGCUGACAUACAUCUUCAUGCUGGCUUGGCUUGGAGUCACAGCUUUCACCUCUCUCCCAGUCUUUAUAUAUUUCAACAUCUGGAAUAUUUGCCAAAACGCUACUGUGCUGGAGGGGACCACACUCUGCUUGGACCCACGCCAGUAUGGUAUUGUGCCAAUUGCUGAGGCAAAAACUGUGUGUGCUGGAUCAGAGAAGUUCUACAGGAUGUGUGACUCCAAUGAGCUGGACAUGACAUUCCACCUGUUCAUCUGUGCCCUCGCUGGAGCAGGAGCUGCUGUUAUUGCUAUGAUCCAUUACUUGAUGGUGCUGUCGGCCAACUGGGCCUAUGUGAAGGACGCCUGCCGGAUGCAGAAAUAUGAGGACAUCAAGUCGAAGGAGGAGCAGGAGCUUCACGACAUCCACUCCACUCGCUCCAAGGAGCGUCUCAAUGCCUACACAUAA